AUGUCGCUGGGCAUCGCGGCGCUCGGCGCCGCUGCAUUCCGCAGCGGCAUCACUCCGCUCCACGGCGCACGUGGCUGGCUUUGCACCCUGCUAGUCCAAAGCUCUGAUCCACACGGUUGGCUUUCGGACCUCACUUCUUGCCGGAGGCAGCACACCCUAACGGAACGCCAGCCCUUCUCCGUGGUACAGGCGGCCAUCCUGCAGGAGCUCCAUAGCAUCAACGCCUUCCUCGCCGCCGACUCCCACCUGGAUGGCCGCCGCCGCUCAUCCCUGGUCCUCUCCGCCCAGUCCCUACCCGCACCCCUUCCCCCCCACCAAGUGGAACCCGAGCUGCCCUCCCUGGAGGCCCAUGUACGGGACCCCGAGCACGGCAUGGCCCGCUGCGCCGUCAAGUGGCUCAGGCGCUCCGGGCGCGUGCCGGGUCAGGUGCACUCCCUGAUGGGCUCUCCGGGGCCUGGCGGAAGGGGGGUUUGGGAGCUCAACGUCCAUUUUGACGAAACGAGCCUAGCGAGGAUGUGUCACUUCCCCCGCACCGUCCCCUCCCUCCGGGGCCACGGCUCUGACAUUGCCAACACCCAGCACCCGCGGCUGGAGGGCAUUGAGAUGAUCUACUGCCCCGUUGACCGCGUCGUACUGGUGGACGUGCCCGUACGGCUGGUGAACGACGAGAUGGCGCCUGGUGUGCGGAAGGGCGGCUGGAUGUGCAUGUUAAAACGCACCGUGCGGUACAAGGCGCUUGGCAACGCCAUUCCGCCGUACAUUGAGGUCAAUGUACGGCACCUGGAUCUGGAACAAGAUCUGCUCGUACGGGAUCUGCCCAUUCCGCCGGGUACCAAGAUUUAUGAGAAGAACUUCAAUGCGCCCGUGGUCCGCUGCACCAUGGACGUGGGCAAGGACUGAGGGCCCGGCCGGCCGCCCGCAUAGCCACCCGUUGCCCCACCUCGCGUUACCGCACCGCAUCUCGCCUCGCCUCGCCCUACCCCACCGACCAGCCGCAUGACACUGCUUCUCCUCUUUCGAGCAAGGGGAGGAAGAGGCGGCGGAGGAGGACAGGGCGUAGGAGGGGGCAAGGGGGAAAUGGAGGGCGCAGUUGCUUUUGCUUGGGGCAGUCGUGCGGCUGGUAGUGCCCCUGCUGGACGACGGGGAGCCCCGGGAUGGUGGCAGGAAGGGUUGUAGGGAAGGGUGGUUUAGGUAUUUGGGUUUGGAUUUUGCAGGUCUGAUGAUCUGGACGGGAUUCGAAAGGGGGAACUGGAGGUAGGGAUGGGAUGGGGAGUGCGACAGAUAGGGAGGGGAGUGCGGCGCGUGCGGUCUCAGACCAUGCCACACGCAGCUGUGCGUUGGGUUGGCAUUUCGACAAU